AUGUCGCUGCCUCAGAACAAUAAGCAGGACCCGGAGUAUCGGCGGCUGGAGCGAGAGGGCAGGGUGCCCAAUCCCGGCGAGCACCACGCUGUCCGCACAGAGGCGGAGGAGGCGUUGUUCAAGAAUGCCCUCGGCUCGAUGGAGCUGCUCUACAGCAUGGGGAAUACUCCCGUCAUCGUUCUGCCCAUGGACGACGAGGUCGCUGCCGGCACAGCGUACUUCUCGCGAGGUUGGUGUUUCUUCGAGUUCGCCCUCGCGUUCAGUUUCGGCAACAUCGCGAAUGCGGAGAUCCACCCACCCGUGGAUCAGAUGCGCAAGAGAGCCGCAGAUCUGAAGUUGGACACGGUGGACGGUUUCAAAGAGGGCUUCCAGGCGACGCACUUCACCAACAAGGGCGACGAAGAGGUCGUCGUCAAGCUCUUUGAGCAGACCUUGCACGAGAAGGCGCGUCGGCCUACGAGGCGGUGGACAAUGACGAGCCCGUGA